AUGGAGGAAUUACCUUACAGAAGUCUGUGCAAUGUAGUUUUGAUAUCGGUUUUAAGCUAUAUUGCCACUGUUGUGAUUUACAACACCUUUUUCCACCCCUUAUCAGGAUUCCGUGGAAGACCUACAUGGGUUGCAUCGCGAGUUCCAUUUAUCUACACUAUGCUUUCUGGGAUACUUCCUUAUCAUAUCAAGAAAUUGCACGAUGAAUAUGGUGCUGUUCUACGAGUUGCUCCAGACGAGCUGUCUUUUGCAGACCCUCGAGCAUGGAAAGAUAUUUAUCUGCAGAAGCAGUUUAUCCGCCCGAAAGAAUGGGGUUCUAGACCACCUGGCGUUGAGGCACACAAUUUUAUCACUGCUAACGCCAUCGACCAUGCUCGAUUCCGCAAAGCUUUCCAACCAGCAUUCUCAGACAGAGCCACGAAAAUUCAUGAACCAAUUGUUAAAAAAUACAUAGAUCUAUUGAUUCUUCGAUUGAAUGAAGCUAUUGUCGGGCAGCGUACAGAUAAUGGUACUGUUGAUUUAGUGCAAUGGUUGAACUUUACAACAUUUGACAUCAUCGGAGAUCUGGGAUGGGGUUCGUCUUUCAAAUGCCUUCAAGAGAGCUCAUAUCAUCCGUGGAUUAAAGUGGUUCUUCAUUUCAAAGCCGUGCUUAUUGCAAAUUCUAUCAAAUACUACCCAUGGCUUGAAGCAUUUCUCAUGAAGAUCACCCCAGCUUCAGCUCUCGAAGAUCUACGCCAAGCCCUUGAGACAGGUCAUCUUAGGGUCCAAGACCGACUUGAUCAUGAUGUCAACCAACCUGAUAUUAUGUCUCAUGUCAUCGAUCACAACAAGUCUUCGACCGAGAUGGCCCUUUCAACUGGAGAAAUAGAGAUGAACUCCAUGGCCUUGGUUGUUGCAGGCAGCGAGACUCUAACAACUACUUUGGCCGCCGCAAUUCACUUUUUACUUGAGAAUCCCAAAUGUCUAGAGACCUUGGAAAGGGAAAUUCGCACAAACUUUAGCACGGAAGAGCAAAUUACCAACGAGUCCACAAUUUCGCUGCCGUAUCUUAUGGCUGUGCUCAACGAGUCGCUACGAAUGUCUCCCCCAUUUCCUGAUAGUCUGAGGCGCGAGGUACCGAGUGGAGGUGCUACAAUCGCAGGUCACUUUGUUCCCGGAGGCACAACUGUUUCAGUGGCAUGCUGGUCUCUAUUUCAUUCAUCAAACAAUUUUGCGUCACCAGAUGAAUUUAUCCCCGAGCGAUGGCUGGAAAAUUCUGGAAAUCGGACCUCUGUGAACAAGCAAGCUGAUCCCGAAAACGUAUUUCAUCCUUUCUCACUCGGCGCACAUAAUUGUAUCGGUCAGCCGCUCGCUUGGAUGGAGAUGCGGCUUAUUCUUUCGCGACUUAUUUGGAACUUUCAUAUCCAAGUCCCUAGCGGGGAGAAGUUACAGAAUUGGACUGACCAGAAGAUCUUUUGGACUUGGGAUAAAGUCCCACUCAAUGUUCAGCUUAUGCGUGUCGAGCGCUCUGAAAAUUAG